AUUCCAUGCUGGUUUCCGUCGUGGGCAUGGCGCUGUACACUGGAUAUGUCUUCAUACCCCAGCACAUCAUGGCGAUAUUGCACUAUUUUGAAAUUGUGCAAUGACCAAGAUGUGAUCAGGAUCAAGAAGUUCCUUGGAGAAGAUCCGCCCUACACAGUUGGAAUGAGACUUCCUCGGAUGUUGCAAGAAACUACUGGAUGUCAGCAUAACCAACCUUAUAAAUACAAAGACUAACCUUCAUGAGUAGAACAGGAAACUCAUCCUGACUCAUGCGUUGUGUUCUUUAUUUUUAAUUUUAGAAAAGGCUCUUGUAUAGUAGUUUUUGUCUACUUUAACAUUGUAGUCAUUUGUACUUUGAUAUUAGUAUUUUCUUAACCUUUGUGACUGUUUGAAUAUUACGCCAUGAAAGCUUUUUUUAAUGUAACUUUGAGUACAUUUUAAUUGCCUUCUAUUUUUAAAACCCGAAGUAAUUAGUUGGGUUUUAUCGUUCUUGCUAUUGUAUGGCAUAUACACCUGCCCGGAUAAAUUUCUACUCUUGACCAAAGUUUUGUAAGAAAUAACAAGAUUUGGAGCAGAGGGCCAGGGAGAGAAGAGGAUAUUUUAUUGAGAAUUAUUUACAAGGCCGAGGAUUUAGCUCAGUGACGCAG